AUGUCUGGAGGAUAUUACUCUCCUUUUGCUCCAAAUGCACAACAAACUGCUAAACCAGCUUCUGGUAGUAAGUCUAUGGGAUCUGAAACAAUGAAUAUUAGAUUAACUGUUGUUAAUGGAAAACAAUUAAAGGCUAAGGACUUAUUUACUUCUGACCCUUAUGUCAUUGUCUCUGUUGGUAUUGAACAAAGAAAAACAAAGACAAUUAUGAAGAAUUUAAAUCCAACUUGGGGAGAUUCUUUUGAAUUCUAUAAUGUUACACCUGGAACUAUGGCUACUUUCACUGUUAUGGAUUAUGACAAACAUGGUAAAGAUGAUCCAAUGGGAAAUGCUUCAUUAGUUCUUCAAAAACUUCAACCAGGACACAUGGCUACUAACGAACUCCCUCUCUCAACUAAAGGUUCUAUUUGUGUUCAAUACACUAUCAUCUCAAAUCCAUCAUCAGCUAAACAAAGUGCUGGUUCUUAUCCACAACAACAACCAGGUGCUUACCCACCUCAGCAAGGUUAUCCACAACAACAACAAGGAGGAUAUCCACCACAACAAGGUUAUGGACAACCAGGUGCUUAUCCAGGCUAUCCACCACAAGGAGGAUACCCACCACAACAACCAGGAGCUUACCCAGGAUAUCCACCACAACAAGGUUAUGGACAACCAGGAGCUUACCCACCACAGCAAGGAGGAUAUCCACCACAACAACCAGGAGCUUACCCAGGAUAUCCACCACAACAAGGUUAUGGACAACCAGGAGCUUAUCCAGGUUAUCCACCACAACAACCAGGCUAUCCACAACCAGGAGCUUAUCCAGGUUAUCCACCACAACAAGGAGCUCCACAAAAGAAAUGAAGAAAACGGGCAUAAUUGAAGAAUUACGAAGAAAA